AGAACAAAAGGAUGAAUUUACUCGUCGUCCAAAAAAUAAAGAUAGUGAUGAUGAUUCAGCAAAUGAAGAGAUCAAGAUGCCAAUUUCAAAAUCUCGCUACGCUGUGAGAAAUCGACGAGAGACGUCAGAUGAUGCCAAUGGCAAUGACGAUAACGAUUAUGAUGACAAUAUUAGCGACUCUCAGGUCAAGAAUUAUGAUUAUCGUGAAGAUGUCAUUCCAUCUACAUCAGGACACAAUCGUAUUGAUAAGAAAAAGAAAUUUGAAUCUAAUUAUAGAGAACAAAAGAAUGAAUUUACUCGUCGUCCAAAUUAUCAAGAUAGUCGUGAUGAUUCAAAUCCUCGUUAUGUUGUGAAAAAUAGAAAGAAAUUUGAAAUGUCAGAUGAUGUCAAUGACAAUGUCGAUAACGAUUAUGAUGACAAUAUCGGCGAUAAUCGGGUCAAGGGCGAUGAUUAUUAUGAAGAUGUCAUUCCAUCUUCAUCAGGACAUAAUCGUAUUGAUAAGAAAAAGGAAUUUGAAUCUAAUUAUAGAAAACAAAAGGAUGAAUUUACUCGCCGUCAA